AACAGAUCCGGCCGCACGUGACCAUGUGAACUACCUGCUCCGGGCCGUGUAUUGUCUCUUCCGAGAGUCGCACCACAAAGAAGCCGGUGGGUGAGAGGCCGGCGCGCUAAGAUGGCUGAAGGCGCCCGGCAAGGGUGAGCUGGGGGCGCGGCCACCGCGGAGACUCGGCCGGGCACCGGAGCUACCAUGUCGUUCGCGCUGGAGGAGACACUCGAGUCCGACUGGGUGGCGGUGCGGCCCCACGUAUUCGACGAGCGGGAGAAGCACAAGUUUGUGUUCAUUGUGGCCUGGAACGAAAUCGAAGGCAAGUUUGCUAUAACCUGUCAUAACCGGACGGCCCAGAGACAGAGGAGCGGUUCCCGGGAACAGGCGGGGACGCCCGCGUCUGAUGGGAGCCGUGGGCCUGGCAGCCCGGCGGCCAGGGGUCGGCCCGAGGCCGCUGCCUCUGCUACAGCGCUCCGGAGUCCCGGGCCACGGAAGAGCCAGGCCUGGGCCGAGGGCGGCUCUCCGCGCAGCGCGCGCAGCCUGAGAGGGGAUCCUGUUCGGGGUCUCGCCGGCAAAGGACCCGAGAGUCCUCUCCGUAGCCCCGCGCGGGCCAAGGCCAGCCCGCUCCGCAGAGGCGCCGAAUCCCGAGAUGCGACCGCCGGUACCACGCCAGCCCCGCCGGCGCCCCCCGUGUCGUCGGUGCGGGUGGUGAGUGCCUCCGGGGCGGUCUCCGAGGAGAUCGAGGUCUUGGAAAUGGUGAGGGAGGACGAGGCGCCACAGCCGCUCCCCGACUCGGAGCAGCCGCCGUCUGCCGCGGAGCAGGAGUCUCCGGCUGAAGAAUGCAGCUGGGCCGGGCUCUUCUCCUUCCAGGAUCUGCGGGCUGUGCAUCAGCAGCUGUGCUCUGUAAACUCACAGCUGGAGCCGUGUCUGCCGGUGUUCCCCGAAGAGCCGUCCGGCAUGUGGACGGUGCUGUUUGGGGGCGCCCCCGAGAUGACCGAGCAGGAGAUCGAUGCUCUAUGUUACCAACUCCAGGUCUACCUGGGCCACGGCCUGGACACGUGUGGCUGGAAGAUACUUUCUCAGGUGCUUUUCACCGAGACGGAUGAUCCGGAGGAGUAUUACGAAAGCCUCAGCGAGCUGCGGCAGAAGGGCUACGAAGAAGUGCUUCAGCGGGCCAGGAGGCGCAUCCAGGAGCUCUUGGACAAGCACAAGACUAUAGAAAGCAUGGUGGAGCUUUUGGACUUGUAUCAGAUGGAGGACGAAGCCUACAGCAGCCUUGCAGAGGCUACAACUGAACUCUACCAGUAUCUACUUCAGCCAUUCCGAGACAUGCGAGAGCUUGCUAUGCUGCGGAGACAGCAGAUCAAGAUUUCCAUGGAGAAUGAUUAUUUGGGCCCUCGAAGAAUUGAGAGUCUACAGAAGGAAGAUGCUGACUGGCAGCGGAAAGCUCACAUGGCUGUUUUGUCUAUUCAGGACCUCACUGUCAAAUAUUUUGAAAUAACAGCAAAAGCUCAGAAAGCUGUGUAUGAUCGGAUGCGAGCAGAUCAGAAGAAAUUUGGCAAAGCAUCAUGGGCAGCAGCUGCCGAACGAAUGGAAAAACUCCAGUAUGCGGUUUCUAAAGAGACUCUGCAGAUGAUGAGGGCUAAGGAGAUCUGUCUGGAACAGAAGAAGCAUGCACUAAAAGAAGAGAUGCAAAGCUUACAGGGCGGUACAGAAGCUAUAGCGAAGUUGGAUCAGCUAGAAUCUGACUACUAUGACCUGCAACUUCAGUUGUAUGAAGUACAGUUUGAAAUCUUGAAGUGUGAAGAGUUAUUAUUAACUGCACAGCUGGAGAGCAUCAAAAGACUUAUAUCAGAAAAGAGAGAUGAAGUGGUAUACUAUGACACUUACGAAAGCAUGGAGGCCAUGCUGGAGAAGGAAGAGAUGGCAGCAUCUGUGCACGCACAGAGGGAAGAGCUGCAGAAACUGCAGCAGAAGGCACGCCAGCUGGAAGCAAGAAGGGGCCGUGUCUCAGCCAAGAAAGCCUACCUCAGAAAUAAAAAGGAAAUUUGUAUUGCAAAACACCACGAAAAGUUCCAGCAGCGUUUUCAGAGUGAAGAUGACUACAGAGCCCAUCAUACAGUACAGCUAAAGAGAGACAAAUUACAUGAUGAAGAGGAAAGAAAAAGUGCCUGGGUUAGCCAAGAGAGACAGAGGACACUGGAUAGACUUCGAACAUUUAAGCAGAGAUACCCCGGACAAGUCAUCCUUAAGUCAACCAGAUUACGAGUGGCUCAUUCAAGAAGAAAAAGCACAGCAAGUCCUGUGCCCUGUGAGGAGCAGUGUGACUCUCUACCAGCAGUGCUACAGGGGGAGGAGAAACCAGAGGUGGGAGAAGGAGGAAGCCGCCUUGGGUCUUCACAGACAGCAGAACCCCGGAGCCUUGUCCAACUUGAAGACACUUCAUCAGUCCGACUUGAAUCCUCAUUACCUCCUCAUGCUGUCAGCUCUGAACUGCCUCCUCCCGAGUCAGCUCCACUGUUGACUAGUAGUCACCCCAAACCGUGUUCUCUUACUAUAGCUCCUCUCCCACCCCCUCUUCCUCCAACACCUCCUCCUCCUCCUCCACCGCCUCCACCUCCACCUCCACCUCCACCUCUGCCUGUUGUAAAGGACAGUGGGGCCACCACCACUGCAGAGACACUGGAGAAAGAUGUACUCAGGAUGGAGGGCAGUGAGAAGAGCAUCCCGAAGUCAGCCAGUGCUCCCUCCGCACACCUCUUCGAUAGCAGCCAGCUGCUGAGUGCCCGGAAAAGGCUGCGAAAGACUGCAGAGGGUUUGCAGAGGAGGAGAGUGAGUUCACCCAUGGACGAAGUGUUAGCAUCCUUGAAGCGUGGUAGUUUUCAUCUGAAAAAGGUUGAACAGCGGACCCUGCCUCCUUUUCCUGAUGAAGAUGAUAGUAAUAAUAUUUUGGCACAGAUAAGGAAAGGGGUAAAAUUGAAGAAGGUUCAGAAAGAAGUUUUGAGAGAAUCCUUCACACUUCUGCCUGAUACGGACCCUCUGACACGGAGUAUCCAUGAAGCUCUAAGAAGAAUUAAAGAAGCAUCUCCAGAGUCAGAAGAUGAGGAGGAGGCUUUGCCUUGCACAGACUGGGAGAACUAGCAGGUGACUUAACAGAGAGAAGAAAAAUACCCAUGGAUGAAGACUGGCUCUGAUUCUUUUGGGGGAAAAGUUUAAGCUCUUGGUCCCACAAUUGGAUUCUACUAGGUCCUGAGUGUAUUGACAACGCAGUGUGAAAAAGGGAAGCAGAGGGGAGGUCACUACUGCCCAGUCACUGUCACGGAGAGUGCAGUGUUCCUGACUGCAGUGAGAACACGCCUCCUGGAGACGGCCGUUUCUUACACACCCUCCUCCCAUCUGCCUACUCAUAGUCUCACAGUGACCAGUUACAUCACUACGAAUUCAAGAGGACUGGCUUGGCAGAGUUGUGCUGUGCGAGCUGUUUUGGGAUCCAUCUUUCAGUGACUGAGAAGAUACUUGCUGAAGCACAGCUGCCUCCACAUCAGUUUAUAGAAAAGAGUGACAUGCUAAAGAAGGCACUUAUCAAGGUAGUUAUAGUCAGGAAUUAAAAAAAAAAAAAAAAACAAACCAUGAAAUGCACUUAAAAUUUCCACAUUAUUCAUCUCCAGAGGAGAUGUUCAGUAUCUGAGAAGCCAAUGGAGGUAUACCUAUUAAUGUGUGCACCAAAACAUGACACAUUUAACAAGGCAUAUUUUUAAGAGGCCACAGUCUUACAUUUUGUAAGAGUUUGAAGUUAAAAUUUCCAUGCUUUUAAAAUAGCAUUUCAUAAUUCUGAAUUUAGAAUAGUUUGAAUUUUAUGUGCAUCCCGUUUGUGAGAAGCAAUGCUUUGUAAUUUGAUAAUGUUGUUUUUAGUCUUUUUGUUUGAACUACUGCUUGAUUACUCUAUAACUCAUGACUUUCCUAUUGAGAAUCAAGAAUCAGGAUUCAACAGUAGGGAUACAAAUGACAACACCUUGUAUCAUGCACCAGUGUAGGUUUUAGCGUUGUGCUCCGUGGUGAGGGGCGUGUGUUCAGUACAGGGCCAGCAGGCAGGCAGCCCCGGAAGCCUCCAGCUGGCAUAUCACUUUUUUAUUCUGUGGAUAGAACUUUAGAGAACAUUUGUUGCUGUCACUAAAUCUUUCAACUUACAAGUGUAGAUCCAGUGCUGACUUGACUGUAUCGUAAAGGGUCCAUUUAUGAAUGGGGCCAACACAGAUUGUCAAUGGAUUAUGUGGACAUGCAUGAAGGCAGAUAUGCUGGACUCAGUUUACAGUACAUUGUACUAUGUGCUAAUGAUGAAGACAGGUCUUGGCUUUAUAUGGAGGAAUUGAAAUACCAAAAAGAACUUCAUUCCUAGAAAGUUCUUCCCCAGUGUUGCCCAGAAACUUCCCUGAAGCAAAGCCUCUCAGUGUCUGCCAUUGUUUGCCUCCAGGAACAUGGCUUCCUCCUUGUCACUUUUAAGAGAUGUUUUCCUUUAAAUUAAUUAUGAAAAAGAUUCUUGUAACGGGUUAUAGAAAACCAAAUCUUUGCACUUAAAAUACUCAUGUUUGCAGGUGAGACCGGGAGCUCACGCAGCACUUACUUUAUAUAUUGGUUUUAGUCCAAGCAUAAUUCACACAUCUUGUUGCAACAAGCGAAACAGCUCUCUGAUAGACAAGCCUCAUUCCUAGAUGACCUGUGUGUCCUUUAUACCCGAAGUAAAGCACCAAAUGUGUCUAACCCGGAGAGUCAUUGGCUAGAGAAAAAUAUGUGAAAAGCUUCAAAGCUUACAAACUUUCUAAAAGUCACCCAUCAUUUAUAUCUGUGUAAUAUUUACAGAUCUAUCUAUCCAUCCAUGCAUUGUAUAUCCAGGUUCUUUAUUUAUUUACUUUUGAGACCAGGUCCUGCUGUGUAGCCCUGGCUGGCCUGGAAUUUGCUGUGCAGACCAUGCUUAGAUUUGCAGCAGUCUUCUUGUGUCUGCCUCUCUUACAGGUAUGUACCAAGAUGCCUGGGUCCAUUUUGUUGGUGGUGUUUUGUUUUUUUUAAAGAUUCGCUUUAAAAAAUUAUUUUAAUAAUGUCUAACUAUGUACACAGAGGCUCUAGCUUGGUUACUGGGAACCAAACUUGGGUCUUCUGAAGGAACAGCACAUGCUCUUAAUCCCUGAGCCAUCUCUCCAGUCCCAUUUAAAAAAAAACUUCAGGAAAAUGUGGAAUAUACUUUUUAACAAAAGCCAGUAUGUUGUAGUCAGUUUUAGCACCAGAUGCCUGGGCUUUGUAGGUGGGGAUGGACUGGGACAGUGAGAAGCUCUCAGCACAUCCCAACAAUCCACAAUUACAGCACGGAGCCUUCAGCCUGUUUUCCAGUAAAUGGUCUUCUCCCAACAUCGGCCUCGGGAUUCUUGUUCUUGUACUGGAGUGUGGCUCAGUAGUAGGUACAAGACUUUGUGUUCCAUCUCCAGCAUUGCUUCUUAAUCCUUAAGAAAAGACUGUUACUUCAUAAACUCAACACACAUUGGAGUUAUUCAUGAUAAUACAAAUAAAUAACUAGUAUACAUGUGUUCCUCAGAUCACCAGAUAAGCCAUCAUUAAAGUGAUUUUAGGACCCCAGGAAUGAUAAUAAACACGAUGUGUUUUUCUCCCAUCUUACUUUCAUAGACACCUCAUAAAGCACAGACAUUUUGCUUAAUUUUAGAUGCAAUCAGCAGACCAGAAGUGACGCUCUGGUCCUCACAGUUCAUCCCUGUAUGUAGUUGUCAGGGCAUUCAGCCAGUGUUUCCAUUCCCAGUGUACUUAAGUUAGCCUUCCACGGUGUCCUUGAUCCACAGACACUGCUUGUCUGUGCUGUUCCCAAGUAUUUUAUACUGAAGUUGAGAAAGUAGGAGGAACUUGGGAAGCUUAAUCUAGCAUUAUUCUUCAUACUUGAAUGUCAAUUUCAAAUAUUUCCCUGAUAAAACCAAAAUUAUGUAUAGUAGCCAAUGUACUAUGUAUAGAAAAGGUAUCUCUAGAUUAAAAGUCCUAAUUGUUUUUUAGCAGUAAGACAUUGCUGGAGAAUAAGGACUUUUAGGGGCUAAGCAAUGACCUUAUUUAAAGAGUGCUUUAUACAGGAGUAUGAAGUUCAUGAGACAGCAUAAAAACAAUCAUUCCUUAGGUGUUCAUUGUGCACUUAAAACUUUCUUGCAAAAUUCUUUUUUUCCUUCGUGAGAUAGGGUUUCUGUAUGUAGCCCUGGCUGUCCUGGAACUCCCGCUGUAGAUCAGGCUGGCCUCAAACUCAGGGAUUUGCCUGCCUCUGCCUCCUGAGUACUGGAACUAAAGGCAUAUAUCACUACACCUGUUGAAAAAUCCAUGUUUAAAAAGAUACUGGUGUGGUAUAGACUUUCCUAUAGUGAACACUUUGUUGACUCUACAGUGUGUGUGUUCAGAGGGUUCUCUUCUAUAAAUACGAAUGUAGAACAAUCCUUGGUGUGACAGUAUGUCCUAGAAUGUGGUAAGUUACGUGGUGUGCUGCAGACACCACACACUAAGAGUUAGAAUCCAGUAGGAUGCAGCGUGACAGCACCCACAUGGCAUGAGGGCUCGUACCUUGAUGCAGUUGUAUUCUCUAGACUCCCUCCCUGAGAAAUCUUUUUGGAGUUCAUUCACAGAAUAUGUUCUAUUUAUUUAAACCAAUGCUUUUAGCCCAUCUUUGUAAUACACUCAUCAACAGAAAUCCACCUGCAUAGUGAGUUUCGGUCUUUAAUGGGCCUAUCAGGGAGUUUUGAGCUUUCUUACAUUUUACCAGGUAAAAUAAUUAAAAGAUCCUGAACAACUUCAGGACAUUUCAAACAAUUGCAGACAGCUUAAGAUGCAAGCAUUUGACAGGGGAAGCAGAGACCUUUAAUUUUUCCUCAUCUUUGCACUGAAUAUGAAUGACUCUAUAAAGCUACAUGCGCGUAUUGAACAUUUGAUUUGUGCUUGGUGUUGCCAGUGACCAUCAAGACUGUAGACUGAAGAGGCCUGAGAAAGCAGAAGCACCUUACUUCUGAGCAUACUGCGUUCACGUCUUACUACUGAAGUAGUAGUUAGGCCUGAACUUUUUGUUAAAGCACAUUAAAAUCUUGCCUAAUUGCUCUGAAAUAUGAGGCAAUGGCAUUUUUAUCCUAUAAAUAUAUGUAACUUAAAAGGUUUUUCUAGAAAAUGAGUUUAUUUCAUUAUCUAAACUGUGUGUAAACAGAAGCUUUUAAAAACAGGAGGCAGUCCUGAUCCAGAGAGAGAGAGAGAGAGAGAGAGAGAGAGAGAGAGAGAGAGAGAGAAACACUAAAUGUUCCCUGACUUAUGUUAAAGAUGUUCUUAUUUUAAAUUUUUUGUUUUGCCCACAGUAAAUGUACAAUUUGGCAUUUGUAUGAUUUAAUGGAAUGAGUCCCAAGUUUAUAAAUGCACCCUCUCUUCAAAGCACAUUUAUUGGGCCACUAAGACGCAUGUACAGAAAAUCCCUUUGAGGCUGUUGUGCUAAAGUGUUCAUGAAUGCUGCUUCACACCGACCCUCAUUUGUUUUGAGAGGAAGGGGAAGUUUCUUUUGUGCUUGUUUUUGUAGAUUUGGUUACAGUUAACAGUGGCCCAGUUUGGGGCAUUGGAAGUAUGUAGGAAAGACCUUGAAAUGUUUAAAAACGAAAGGUGUGGGUAUUAAGAGUUGAGUUUUAACCGGAGAAAACAUUUUUACUUGCAUGUUGUAUAGUUAACUGUCAAGGGGUGUAAUGCUGCAUUUUAGGUUUCUCCAUGCAAAUUCCAUUGUCUUUCCUCUGAAGUCUUUGCAAUUACCCGUGGCAUUUCCCUUUUGUGUGGUUUCCCCUUCAUUUGUGUGAUGUAACAAGGGUUGUAUCCUGUAACAGUUUCUCACAAUGUCUUUGACACAAUCCCCCCUGCCUUGUUGAAUCUCUCUCUGUACUGUAUGCACUGCCCAGUGUGAAAUCAUAAUAUGUAGUUUAUUGAGAAAUGGAAGGCUGCAGAUUAUUUUGCAUGAGUAAAACCCACUGGGGCUAAAGAAACUGACACUUUCUACCAGUUUUUGGGUAAAUGAAGAUUACAAUGGCAGACUGACUCACCAUUACUAGCUUCAUGCAAUGUUAUAAAGGCAAAACACUAUGCACUGUGCUUGGCUUUACAGAUGGCUUUCCCAUCACAACAUUAGUGGAUUGUCCACAGCAUACUAUAAAUGCCAUCUCUUGCAAAUUUAUAUACGUAAAUAUGCUCAAUUAACACUCAAGUAUUAAAAGCAUAAGGAAACUACUUAAGCAGGCAUUUGUAGCAAUACUAUGAAAUCUCCAAUCACUGUUUUGACUGUCGCCUUCUGCUCCUUAGUGCAGCCUUUCUGCAUCGUAGUUGCUGCCUUUUUACAAUUCACACUCCUGUUGUCAGAGUUAAGGACUUGCUCACCCAGUGUUGCACUUACCUUUCUUAUUGUACAUGCAAUGUAACAACACACAGUUUUGGUGCUUAACAAUAUUCCUUUUUUUUUCUUUAAUAAAGGAUAUUUAUUUGAAUUAA